UUUUAGCGAUGGACACUGACGUAGAGGAUUUGGAAAGUAUCAUAUACCUUGAGAAAACUGAGAAGAAGCUGUCAGAUGGAGAGAAGAAGCUGUCCGAUCUGAGAGAAUACCACGACAAGGUUGUACACCGGCUAAGAGAGAGGGAGAGCCACGGAUCUUCUACGACUGCUGUGCCCACAUAUGAAGAGCUGAAGAAGAUGCUAACUCCAGCUCCCCCCGUGCUAACAGACCUGUCCCUAUACGACCUUUCUCCUCCUACACGACACCUCGAGUACUGUGAGACUCACUCUCCUCGGCAGGUAUCAGACCAGGACGUUAACCAGGACGUUGAGAUACAGUUAGAGCAGUGGCGUGCCUCGCUGGAACCUUUUGACAGGGCCAUUCUACGCGGCGAGGUUACGCCUGAAGGUGAGAUGAAGCGCAGCGAGGUUACGCCUGAGGAAGAGAUGAAGCGUGGUGAGAUUACGCCAAACAGAGAGAAUUGUAAGGAGAAUUGCGAGGUUAAACCUCAAAUCGCAGACUCUACUGAGCAGAUCAUGUCGAACUGUCACGUGUCCAGUGAUGUAGUUUCCAUGGCAAUGGACAUUGAGUACACUACAGAAGUACCAAAGAGCAUGAUUGUUGCUCCUGCUACUGAAGUAAAAACAAGCAGGCGCGCUCUGUACUCACACCAAACAGACUCUGUCAAGCGCACGAGACGAAGCGCACGAUUCUGAGGGUGCAUUAUAGCACAGAUGAACAGUUCAGCCCACUGUAAAUAAUCAAAUAGGAUCUCUUUCAGUUGUACUUAUAAUCCACGUAGUGCCUGCUGUGCGAAUGUUUUGUAUGAAUCUGGUUGAAAAAUAAAACUAUUGAUUGAUGAAUACUGCAAUGAAUACUACGGGUUAUCACUGCCAUUCAUCAUUUGUUACAGAAAUUGCAAUCAAAUUACGUAUACCUAGCCUAUUACUUGAGUAGGUAUGUAAGAUGUGCACAAAAUCUACAAUGUCUUCAACGUGUUUUACAUAGUUACAUGUAUUAUUUAAACUGAAAUGUGAAGGAAACGAUAUGAUAUUCAGGCUCCAGCUACUGUUUUCAGUGUUCACUUUGAAUAAACUUUAUUUAUAAAAUUAUGACAAUUUGACGGUGAAUCAUGCACUAUUUAAUUAGAAUUUAGCUUUAAAGCUAUGUUUACUCUGGUUCUUAUACUAAUAUUAAAUAUAUUAUGUAUUUCGACAAAUGACCACUGACUGUUCCCGUUAUUGUUAACUUGUUAAUAAACUCGGGUACUCAACUUUGUACUCUAUUACUUGAAUUACUUACGCUCUUAUUUUACAUAGUUGUUAUUUUAAAGUAAUAAUAGCAUGUAGAUUAUAAGAGUAGGAUAGUAUGUAAAGAUACGUGAAUUCAAUGCUAUUUGAAAAUUUCGUAUUUUAUGGAGAUUGUUGUUG